AUGGUCAACCCCGCCAUGUUCUUCAACAUGGCCGUUGACAGCAAGCCCUUGGGCUGCGUCUCCUUUGAGCUGUUUGCAGACAAAGUUCCAAAGACAGCAGAAAAUCUUCCUGCUCUGAGCACUGGGGAGAAUGGAUUUGGUUAUAAGGGUUCCUGUUUUCACAGAAUUAUUCCUGGGUUUAUGUGCCAGGGUGGUGACUUCAUACUCCAUAACAACACUGGUGACAAGUCCAUCUACAGGGAGAAGUUUGGUGAUGAGAAGUUCGUCUUGAAGCAUACAGAUCCUGGCCUGUUGUCCAUGGCCAAUGCUGGACCCAAUACAAACUGUUCCCAGUUUUCCAUCUGCACUACUAAGACUGAGUGGUUGGAUGGCAGGCCCGUGAUCUUUGGCAAGGCGAAAGAGGUCAUGGACAUUGUGGAAGCCAUGGAGCACUUUGGGUCCAGGAAUGGCAAGACCAGCAAGAAGAUCACCAUUGUCGACUGUGGACAAGUCUAA